GGCGGGAGGAGCUACGGACCGGUGAGGAGCUGCCGCCGCCGUCUCCGCCGUCGCUCGGGCAGCUGCUCGCUCUCCGCAGGCGCCCGCGUCUCACGUCCAGCCGCGGAGACGCGGAGGCUGCAGCGCGGCCGGCGGCGGAGCUCGGUCCGGCCCGGCGGCGGCGGAGACGGCGCGGCCCGGCCAAGAUGAAUCGAGGCGGCGGCAGCCCGUCCGCCGCCGCCAACUACCUGCUCUGUACCCACUGCCGGAAGGUGCUGCGGGAGGAUAAGAGAAUCAGAGUCUCUCAACCCUUGACAGGAGGACCAAGUGCCUUUAUUCCAGAGAAGGAAGUUGUCCAUGCAAACACAGUAGAUGAACGGACAAACUUCCUCAUAGAAGAAUACUCCACGUCAGGCCGCCUGGACAACAUCACACAGGUCAUGAGUCUGCACACGCAGUACCUGGAGUCUUUCCUGAGGAGCCAGUUUUACAUGUUACGAAUGGACGGUCCCCUUCCUCUACCGCACAGGCACUACAUCGCAAUAAUGGCUGCAGCUAGACAUCAGUGCUCUUACUUAAUAAACAUGCAUGUGGAUGAAUUUUUAAAGACUGGAGGUAUUGCUGAAUGGUUGAAUGGUUUGGAAUAUGUGCCACAAAGGCUGAAGAAUCUUAAUGAAUUAAAUAAGCUGCUAGCGCACCGACCCUGGCUGAUCACAAAAGAACACAUUCAGAAACUUGUCAAAACUGGAGAAAAUAAUUGGUCCCUCCCUGAACUGGUACAUGCUGUGGUCCUCCUGGCCCAUUACCAUGCGUUAGCGAGCUUUGUGUUUGGCAGUGGCAUCAACCCAGAGAGAGACCCGGACAUCUCCCACGGGCUCCGGCUGAUUUCUGUGAACAGUUUCUGUGUCUGUGAUCUGGCUAAUGAAAACAACAUAGAAAAUGCAUCCCUGACCGGCAGCAAUUUCGGGAUUGUGGAUUCUCUAAGUGAGCUAGAAGCUUUAAUGGAAAGGAUGAAAAGGCUUCAAGAAGAAAGGGGAGAUGAGGAGGCUUCUCAGGAAGAAAUGACCACGCGUUUUGAGAAGGAAAAGAAAGAAAGUAUUUUUGUGGUGUCUGGAGAUACUUUUCACUCGUUUCCUCAUUCAGAUUUUGGAGAUGACAUGACUGUAACAGCUGAUGUUUCUCGAUAUGUUGAAGACCCUGGUUUUGGGUACGAAGAUUUUGCCAGACGAGGAGAAGAACAUUUGCCAACAUUCCGAGCUCAGGACUAUACUUGGGAGAACCAUGGGUUCUCUCUGGUGAACAGGCUCUACUCUGACAUCGGGCACCUGCUGGAUGAGAAGUUCCGCAUGGUCUACAGCCUCACCUACAACACCAUGGCCACACGUGAGGGUGUGGACACCACCACCCUACGCAGGGCCUUGUUUAACUACGUGCACUGUAUGUUUGGAAUCAGGUAUGAUGACUAUGAUUAUGGAGAAGUUAACCAAUUACUGGAACGAAGCCUUAAGGUUUACAUUAAGACGGUGGCCUGCUAUCCUGAGAGAACUACAAAGCGCAUGUAUGACAGCUACUGGCGGCAGUUCAAACACUCUGAGAAGGUUCACGUAAACCUGCUUUUGAUGGAAGCACGGAUGCAAGCUGAGCUUCUUUAUGCUCUUCGUGCCAUAACUCGGCAUUUGACCUGAAGCACAACCCAGGGAGAAGGUCGCCUGUGUGUAAAAACCUUUUCACAUAAGACUUAAGUUACAUCCGAAGUUGUUUAUGAUACUGCAUAGAAAAACUAGUUCUCUAGUGUCAAAAUUAGCUGUGUUUUGGUGGUUACUGUUUUGGUUUUGUUUUGUUCUGUUAUGGCUGUAAUGUGCAAUGAUAUGUUUCCUUGAUACUUAACUUUACUAACAAUUGCAAAAAUAAUAAUGAGGAGCACUACUCUGCAUUGCUUAUAGUUGGAUUUGGGAUCUGAUCAUCAAUCAUGAACUUGGUUUAAUAAUCUUUAACUUCAGUGCUUUGAGAUUUGUGUGUAUGUAUUUUUAAACCGUUUUUGUUAAAAAAAAUAGAGAAAAGCGCUUACAAUCUACACAAGCAUUUGUUUUCAGAUACUGGAAUUUAGCAGAGAAAAUACUUUCUCUGGCCAUUCUAAAAUUUUCAUGUUGUGUCCUAAAUCUAGUGGAGAAAAAUGGGCACUGUCAAGCCCAGCUGCUCAUUGGACACAGGAGAUGAUUUGUCAGGCACUGUUUGGGUUUGUUUGUCUAUUUGUUUGUCUUUUAAUUAAAUGUCUGUUUAGGGUCUGGGGGUUCAUUUUUCUUUUCUUUUCUUUUUAGUACUACGGUGAUAACAUGAGUUGUGAUUCAGCCAUUGUCCAUACUUUAAUGUGAAAAUUAAUCAUGAAUUCUGUAGCAUGCUACUGAAAUGCCAAAUUCAGCUAUUUUCUUCCUCCUCUAAAACAAAAAUUUCAACGUUUCAUAUCAGAUGUGUAUAUGAAAAGUGGAAUUGUGCCCAAUCCUCUCUGUCAUAGACAAUAAUCUUCGGUCACCUUAAAUCAUUGGUACCCAGAGUGCUACUUGGCACUUAUAUCCACAAGACUGACCAAAAAUUUUCUUUGCACAUUUUUCCUCAUAGUUUUUUCUAUAUUGUGGUAAGAUAAGGAAGGUUAAUAGACCUAUAUUUUCCCCUGUUAGGUUUUUGGAAGUUAUUUUCCAUGCUUUUCUUAUAAUAGGUUGAAUAGUUUAUUCAAAAGUAAAAUUAUUGUGUUUCUCUGCAUUAAUGUGAUUGAACAACAACCAAAACAGUGCAAUGUGUCCAUAGAAUGCUCAACUAUACCUUUCCCCAUGUUACUGACAAGUGUCCUUUUAAACAGAGCCAUAAAGAAAUCUUGCUCCAAUUUAUUCAAAUUUCUUUAUUAACUAGGCUUUUUCAGUUUUACCUUACUUGGGUUAAACAAUGUUCUUUGCAUAAUGCCAAAGCAUUCCUUUCCCGCAGAAAAAUCUCUUUGACAAAUUAUAUCAAGUCAUAGGAGAGGAAUAAGCAGCCAAAGUCACAUUUUUGCAUUGCUUUAUGUUGCUUGGUUAGAUGAGCUUGAGAAAGCACAAUGUUCUGUGUUUGUAGCUUUAAUUGGUGUCAUGUUGAUGAACUAGCAAAGUGCCUGAAGAAGCAUUACAGCUACCAGUAGGACACAACUGCGCUGCUUCAACACUUUUUGCUUAAUUCAGGUUAACGUGAAUUUUAUACACAUGCUAAUUUUCAAGAAACAUAUCUAAUCUUCAUAAUAAAUGAUACAGUUAAACUUUUCCAUUACAGUUCCCACAAAGAUUUU